AUGUGGGCAGAUGGCCAGAUGAACAUUCUAUGGAACGCUGCCAAAGGUUCCUGCCAUUACAGAGGUUCCUUUCACAACAUCGAACUCAAUGAUUCCCAAAGGAGCCCUGCAGAAGUGGCUGGAACUCAGUGUUUCUGGCCCCAUUGUGUUUUUGAACAUGUGAACCACAGCCUCCUCACCAGCUCUCUGCUUUCCUUGGCUGGUCGUGUCAAGAUGGCCUUGCUAAUACAGUGCGUACCCCUGCCUCUGUUCUCCCUGAUAAAACCCCAGGCACCCGAUCAGCCAAAGCCAGUCUUUCCCUAA